AUGAUUGCACAUGAAUCCAUUUCAUCUGCGGCGGUGUCGAUUUCAUCGGGUAAUUCUACGUCACCGCCAAAUAACGACUCUUCUAAAGACUCGGAAGAUAAGCAAAAACAGAAGGAAGAAGAUAAACCUACCAGCAAAUCGGAAACGAAUCCACUGAUGGAGGCAACCUCACGUGCUUCUUGGAUGUACUUUUUCAAAAAUGUUGCAAAUAAGCAAACUGUUGAAAAAGGAACCGAAAAGAAAAUGAUCACAGAUGGAUCAGAGCAACAAGGCACCACAAUAACGACGACAAGUGUAAACGAUCAAAAAAUUAUAGUUGCAGACUCAUCUUCAAUUUCCUCAUUAGACAAGAAAACAGAAACCGUAGUGACCACAACUACGCCAACUCCUCCAUCACCAAACCUACAAAUCAAACCAGUGCCACGAAACAAAAUUCUUCCGUCAUUCGAAGAAUUUUCACGAUUCCGAUCAAACAAAAAACCCAAUGCAUUUAUCCAACAAACAUUACACACCAUCAACUCAUACUUCUUCCCGCCUGACAAAGCCCCAGAAAGCGGUCUCCCCAAAAUUCUGGACGAAUUAACGCGUUCAUCAAUUGACGUGAAGAAAAUAGCGAUUAUCGGUGUACACGGAUGGUUCCCGACAAAGUUUGUACGAUCGCUUGUCGGUGAGCCGACCGGUACUUCACCGAAAUUCUGUGAUAUGAUGGGAAAAGCUGUUGUCGGAUACCUGGCUCGUCAUGGUAUUAAUCUUCCAGAUGACGCAGUUACAUUAAUACCAUUGGAAGGAGAAGGAAAGAUCGAUACGCGAGUUGAUAUCCUAUUCACAAAUCUGUUAGUGAAUCAAUCAUGGUGUGCUGCUUUGGCUGCCGCGGAUGUGAUUUUUGUUGCAACACAUUCUCAGGGCACGCCUGUUAGUACAAUGCUUCUCUCUCGUCUUAUCAGCUUAAAUCAUAUACACCCGAGACGACAACGCAUCUGUUUGUUGGCGAUGGCUGGAAUAUCACAUGGUCCUUUUCCGUAUUUGAAAAGCACUUGGGUGGUGAAAUAUUUUGAGUCGGAUCCUGCACGGGAGUUAUUUGAGUUUAUGAAUUCGGAUAGUCUCGUCGGGAAGAAAUACCGUGAGGCACUGCGUAUUAUCACUGCACAUGGUGUCAAAGUUGUGUAUGUCGCGUCGAUGGAUGAUCAAGUUGUACCGCUCUAUUCAGCCGUAUUCACUGGCGUCAGUCAUCCAUCGAUACUUCGUGCAGUGUACAUCGAUGGUCCUAUCUACCGAGACAACGACUUUCUCACCAACCUGAUUGUCUUUGCUGUUCGACUACGUAAUGCUGGCAUUCACGAUCACGACCUUUUGGUGCACUUGAGUGAAGUGGUUGCCGGUUCGUUGACUGGUGAAGGACAUUCGGCUUUAUAUGAAGAAAUUGAUGUCUACACUUUAGCAGUUCGUUACCUCUUUGAAUCAAUAACUCCAACCAACGGUAUCACCGUACGCCAAAAAACAUUCCAAGCACAAAAAAGCUAUAACCCAUACUACCUCCCGUGGGCGAUGCGCGGAAUCCUCGACGACAAAUACGUCGGCAAUUCCGAGUGCUUUACACGCGAGCUUUAUCGACUGAGGAAACAGUAUGACGAGUGGGAACCCAUUUCCAGGACGAUGAAGGAUAUAAAGUUUCGGUUGGAACCGUUGCGUGAGGCAGUAAGUCGGUCUAAAUUAUGA